CACCACGGAAAACGAACAAACAAACCGACAGAACACCUUCACUAUGGUAACUACCUGUCAUUCAGCGCUGUGUCGGAAGACUUUUGCUGCAGUUACGAUGGAGUUGGUGCUUUGGUGGUGGCACAGAGUGCCUCGGCUACAGCGUUGGCACAGACGGGCUUUUCUGAACCGCACAGCCCGCUUGAUGGUGAUGGAGGCAACUUUGUGGAUGAUCCUGUCCAUUUCCGUGUAUCCUGAUGUGAGGUCCAUCGUGAAUGUUCUUCACGCAACUUUCACAGGAAACCAUGGUUCGACAUAUGAUUCUGUCCUUCUGAUCAGCUGUCCCAAUGAGCAGACAGCGCAGGAUAUUGGCAGAUCUGUAAUGGAAAAAAACCUGGCAGCCAGAGUGAACAUUCUCCCCGGGAACACAGCAAUGUACAAAUGGAAAAGUAAAACCCAAGUUGGAAGUGGUAUCCUGAUUCUGGUGAAAACACUGUCCACGAUCAGGGCAGUUGAAGCUCAUAUCAGGUCCAUCAAUCCCUGUGCGAAACUAGAAGCCAAGUUUUUCGUAGGACGGUACUCGGCUUUGCACGAAGCGGAUAACGACAUAUUUCCAUUAAGACUGAUAAAGGCUUGAAAUCAAAGCCAGUUACAUCGUGAACAGCAAUCAGACAAGAACAACUGAGCCGCGUGUGUGCACUCUAUCGUUCAAAGUUCUCAGAAAAUGUUCUGCAUAGUUCAUGUUUGUUGCUGAUAUUUAUCUGUUUUGUUGUUCAUAGAAGAGAAAUAAAGUUUUUUAUUGGAA